AUGGCGAACAUUAGUACAUUCGAACCUAAAUUUUUCAAAUUAAUAGAUUUUGAAUUAAUUUGUGAAACUAGAAACUUUAGUCUUCCUGAUUACAUUCUGACAUCUCAAAUAAGAAUAAAUAGAGUAAGGUCAAAUACUAGAACAUCAACUAGACAGCCUGCUGCAAAAACUAUUAAAAAAACUAAUAAUGGUAAUGGGGAAGGGUCAUACAGACCUUAUCCUUCUCGAAAAAGAAGAACUGGUCGUCAAUUAGAUGACGAAAAAAUAAAGGCAUUACCAGCUUUCUUGGAAAGUCUCUUUAGCAAACAAACAAUGCCAUCAACACUUGUUGAAGGUGUUUAUAAAUUAAAAGAAGAAGAAGUAAUAAAUUCAUUUAUAGACAGGACUCAUCAGAAUGAUUUUAGUAAUUGGGUGGAUAUGUUAUUUGCUGCCUCCAAGGAAAUUGAAGAAAAUGAUGUAAAAGAAAUAAUUUCUAUUUUUAACGAUGUUUAA